GGCUUCCGUGGCGUGAACACCGCUCGUCGGCGGGAGAUUCGCUCGAGUUCAUGUGAGUGCGGCUCCUGGCAACAUCCCAGCCUCCUGUCCGUGUCAGUGGCCAUCCGGCAAGAUUUUCCUCUUCGACGUCUUUCAGUCGACCGGCUUCGUGGAUCAACGAGGCCCGCCGCCGUCCAUGGAGUCCUCCACGUGUCCCAAGAGGCGAAAGUGCGACAUGGAUCGCAGCGAUCGCGACAGGGACUUGAAGCCGCUGGAGCCGCGGGAUCUGUCCGCCGCCGCCGGCCGCCUCUUCCCCAGCGCCCAGAUCAAGAUCAGCACCUCGCCCACCACGUCGCCCACCAUGUCCAACUCCUCCUCGCCCACGCCGCCCUCGGGCCAGGGCCCCAUCUCGCCGGCCGUGAGCUCCGGCGGCGGCAGCUACCUGCAUGCCAACCACAAGCCCAUCUCGGGCAUCCCCUGCGUCGCCGCGGCGUCCAGAUACACGGCGCCGGUGCACAUCGACGUGGGCGGAACGAUCUACACGAGCUCCCUGGAGACGCUCACCAAAUACCCGGACUCGAGGUUGGCCAAGCUCUUCAACGGCAGCAUCCCAAUUGUCCUGGACUCCUUGAAGCAGCACUACUUCAUCGACCGCGACGGCAUGAUGUUCAGACAUAUCCUCAACUUCAUGAGGAAUUCCAAACUCCUGAUAGCUGAAGACUUCUCCGAUCUCGAUCUGCUUCUGGAGGAGGCCAGGUUUUUCGACAUUGGCCCCAUGAUCCGACAAUUGGAGCAGAUGAAGAAGGAGCGCCUUCGCAACGGAACUGCCAGCACUUCGUCCCCUCCGCCGCCGACCAGCAGCCGGAUCAAGGGUCGAACCAGCCUCGCGGACGUGUUCGAGAUCGUGGCGCUGCACAUUUCCCCGGAUCUGGGCGAGAGGAUCAUGCUGUCGGCCGAGCGGUCGCUGCUGGACGAGAUCUUCCCGGAGGCGCAGCAGGCCGUGCUGGACGCGCGCAGCGGCGUGUCGUGGAACCAGCUGGACGGGCGGCAGGUGAUCCGCUUCCCGCUGAACGGCUACUGCAAGCUGAACUCCGUUCAGGUGCUGACGCGCCUCCUGAACGCCGGCUUCACGGUGGAGGCCAGCACGGGCGGCGGCGUGGAGGGACAGCAGUUCAGCGAGUAUCUGCUCGUCCGCAAGAUCUCUAUGUGAUAAUGGUGAGCCGCAAGACCACUCAGCCCUCGACUCACGCCCAGUCUCACGAGCAGGAGAGCGUCUAAACGAAUAUUCAUGUUUCCUAACUAGUAGUACUGAAGAGGUGGCGACAGUGAGUGGACAGACUGUAGGACAUUUCCCUUAAGAUAAGAGACCACGAGAAUGACAGAACUUUAGUCAACAUUGGCGAUAGAUUGCUUCACCAGUGGCUAGGAUAAGACACACUUGACACUGUCUAGGAUUUAUGAGUUUAUUUAACUUAGUUGUAACCGAACAUUAAGUGAAAUCCAGGAAGAAUUCGUAUUAAGAUUUCGUGUAUGCACUCUAUAUAGAAGGUAUUCUCUUAAUUUUAAGAGUUGUUAGGACAUUUCUUAUGUUUUUGAAAAUAUGGCAUUUUAUAAAUAAAAAAAGACAUUUCUGUAGUUCUGUAACAUCACAAAGAUAAUUCUUUAUUAAAUAAAGAUUCUAUU